GCCAAGCAUUUUUCCAGAUGUCAUCGUUUUUUGCCUUGUCUCCACCUCAGCCUCACUGCCAGACCUUUUGGAUGUGUGACCUCUGCCUGCCCACAGAUUUGCUUUUGCCUAAUACAUCAACUUUUUCUCAUUGAAACUCAGAGAUUUCUGGGUUUAUCUGCUUCGGAGUCCUCCCCAUGCCGCCGCACAAGAUGUGGGGGUGUUGGCAAUCGGGGUGAAGACGACACAGAAGGUUGAUCCGAACUGAGACGCUCAACAAUGGAGCUGCCGACCUCUGUGGGAAAAUGGACCAAGGAAGACGUCCGCCUGUGGCUGAUGACAGUGGUCAAAGUUCAUGAAACUUAUGCCAACAUUUUCUUUGAAGAGGAAGUGUCUGGAGACAUGUUAGUUUACUUUGAAAAAAAAGACAUAUUGGACUUGGGAAUACAUCAUGGUCCAGCUGUAAAAAUCACAUCUUAUCUAGAAAGUUUGAAAGAAGGAUCGGAAUAUGAAUCACAGUUCCCAGCAUAUGUGAAAAACUGGACAAAAGAACAAGUGAACCAGUGGUUACAGCAGCAUCUUAGGGUGUAUAUCAAAUAUGCAGAACGACUCCAAGAGGAAGAUGUGUCUGGAGAUUGCAUUGUUUGCUUCAAAAAGCAGGAUUUUUUGGAUCUGGCUUUGAAAAAUGGUCCUGCUGUGAAGAUUCUGGCAGAACUUCGUCAGCUGAAGAUGAAACCAGAGCCAACACUGCAACCAGUCCUUCACAACAGCACAGACCCAAGAGAAUCUCCAAAACCCACUCAACCUGAACUAGUUCUGUCUCAGGACAUAGCAAUCAAACAACCAGAUUCAUGUCAUGAAAUUGAAUCAAAAACUGACAACAUAUUAGUAAAGGAAUCUGAAAAGGUUCAGCUGCCAUUCCAAAAGGUUUCAGAGAAAGAGGGAAUCUAUCAGCCACAAUACUUGGGGGCCAGGAGAAAAGGAGCUAUAAUGGUAAAAUCUGUUUUGGAGUAUAUUCAUUCUUACCACAGUCCCACCAAAGAGCACUGUGGAAAUCCAGAAAAUUCUGGACGACCUUUCAGAAGAUAA